GCUGUGUAUGCAUAAUCAAAAUAGAAAGCAAAAAAAAAAUAACAAAAUAAAGAAUACGCAUUUAAGACAAUGAAUUUGAUGUGAAAAUCUUUAAAAUAUUGCUUUAAAACAAGAAAUAUACAAAAUUCUUGUUUUUCUGUUGCACGCCAACGCGUAAAUGCAAAAUGUGUAGUGUACAGGGAGAGGAGAAUCAUUUGGCUUCGAUGGCAUUGGCAGUAUCCUAUGGCAGUACACACACAAAGGCGUCAUUCUUCGAUAUAAGUUGGCAAGAUGUGCUGAUACCUAUGGUUGCGGAGUUUCUUACACUGAAGGACUUAUUUAAUUUGCGUUGCUGCUCACAAACCGCUAAACGCUUCGUCGAAGCUGCAUUUGAGUUACGCAAAGACAUUAAUUUGGCUGGCAAUAAUAGUCAUAAUAUUGAGUUAGCAUUCACAGUACUGGGAAAAUGCUGUCGUCGUGUCGAGAGCUUGCACUUAGCGCGUUGCCAUUGGUUGACCGAUGAAUAUUUAUUGCCAUUAUUAGCUGAAAACAGACGUUUACGUGUUGUAAACUUGAAUGAAUGUGUAAAUAUUACGCCACUUGCGUUACAGCCGAUCAUCAUAGAAUGCAAGGAGUUGCGCAUUUUGAAACUCUCCAAAUGCCAGUGGUUAACAACAGGGGCUGUUGAUGCAUUGACUUUACACCAUAGUAAUUUGGUGGAAUUCGACAUUUCAUACUGCACAGCAAUUGGCGAGCGUUGUUUGAUAAUAUUUUUCCGAAAAUUGAACAAAUUAAAUGUGUUGUCGUUAGCCAAUACACCUAGUGUGACUGAUCAGGUGUUAAUACAGAUUGCCAACUACUGCCGCGGUUUGGAGCACAUUAAUUUGGUGGGAUGCGCUGCCAUUUCCGAUUAUGGCAUACACGCUCUAACUACAACGUGUCAGCAACUACAAUCGCUGAUGGUGCAGCGAUGUCCGAAUGUGACGGAGCGUGUAUUGGCGCCACUGCGCGGUCGUCUCUUCAUUGAUCGACCACAAUUGGGCUAUAAUAUACCAGCACUGCAGGGGCAGAUCAAUUGCCUUUACUUGCAGGUUUAAACUAAAUGAUAUAAUUUUAUUUCGAAAUGAAUGAUCUAAAUGUGGGUGAUUCUCUUUAUAAAACAAGUUUAAGCUAGCUUUAAUUGUAUUAGUUUAUUUACAAUACCGAUCAAUAUAAUUAAAUACUAUUAAAAAAAUA